UACGCUGAUGUCGGUGCGGGACAGGUGGGAACUCCGGUUCGACGAGCUAACCAGAUAAAGACAAACGAGCCGAUGACAAACCGAUACCCGUAAGAAAUUUGCACAGUUCGGCGACUUGUAUCGGAUUCAAGCGAUAAACUGAGAACAUAUAUCGUAAUUCGUUGGUGAAAUGCCGUACCGGAGAGCGACAUCCUCAAAGGGAAAGUGUGAAAUAAGAGUUUGAUGUGAAUGGGAUCGGUGACAUAAGCAGAUAUGCCAGCUGAUGAUAAGGUUGCCAUCCUGACGGACGAUGAAGAUGAGCCACAGAACAAAUCGGUGCCGGAGGGCGCGUUCAGCAAGCUGUCAUUGCAGCAGAGUGGUCUUCCCGCGCCGGCUCCUCUUUCCAUGGACUCUGAAGCGCCUGGGGUCUCGCAGUCCAGGCCGUCCGGGUCCUCGAACUGCUGUCAGAGGAUGUUCCACCGCAUUAACACUCAGCUGCUCGUCUCCAAAGUCUUCUACUUCUUCUUCUACGCCGCCUACGGCUCAUUGCACCCGCUGCUUGCGGUCUACUAUAAGCAGCUGGGCAUGUCCGCCAGUCGCAGCGGCCUGCUGGUGGGCAUCCGUUACUUUAUCGAGUUCUGCAGCGCACCAUUCUGGGGCCUCGUGGCCGACCGCUUCAAGAAGGGGAAGGCCGUGCUGCUGUUCUCUGUCUUCUGCUGGUUGGUGUUCAACUGCAGCAUCGUCUUUGUCAAGCCGGCCGACAUGAAAUGCGUGGAGAAGGGUGACGGCGUGACCGUCGAGCCCCCGAUCACCAGCACGCUCCCACCUGGGAAUGUCACGCAGGAGAGCAACUCCAGCGAGCGCGUACGCCGCGGCCUCCUUGACCUUCGCUGGUUCCCAGUGCCCAGAAGCAAACGAAGCGUCAAUGAUACCCCCCCGGAUAUCAACACCACCACCGCCGCCACAACUAUCAGUCCCACUCCAACCAUCAGUCAAAAGGAGUACCAAAUCGUCUACGACGAAACCCAAGUGGAGAACAUCUUCCUCAUCAUUUUGCUGCUCAUCAUCGUGGGCGAGUUUUUCGGCGCGCCAGCCGUCACUAUCGUGGACACGGUCACGUUGCAGUACCUGGGCAAGGCCCGCGAUCGCUACGGCUUGCAGAGAAUGUGGGGCUCUCUGGGCUGGGGGCUGACCAUGCUGCUGGUGGGCAUCUGGAUCGACCACACCCACAUCAGCGUCACCGUCGACGGCCUCGGCUGCUUCCUGCCCGACGUCCACCUGCGCAACUACCAGAGCGCCUUCAUCGUCUUCGGGGUGCUGAUGGGUGUGGCCUUUGUUGUCGCCACUCAGUUCUACUUUGAGAAGGGCGGUGAAUAUCGGCAGGAGGUCCCGGAGGGUGUCACCGAAGAGACGGAAAGCCCGCCGGCGCCAUCCAACUCGGACCCGACCGGCAGCGGCGGCGUUGUUCUCGAUGAGGAAUUUCACUACAUUGACCUUCUGAAGCUGCUGUGCAGCGUGCGCUACAGCUCGGUUCUCUUCGUGGCUUGGUUCAUGGGCUUCGGCUACGGCUUUGUCUUCAGCUUCCUCUACUGGCACUUGGAAGACCUGCACGGCACCUACACGCUCUUCGGCGUCUGCUCUGUCCUGAGUCACGUCUCGGAGCUCGGCGCCUACUUCACCAGCCACAAGUUCAUCGAGCUGGUGGGACACAUCAGAGUGCUCUACAUCGGCCUGGCCUGCAACACGGCGCGCUACCUCUACAUCUCCUACCUGAAGAAUGCCUGGACUGUGCUGCCAGUGGAGAUCCUCCAAGGUGUGACCCACGCCUCUGUUUGGGCCGCUUGUAUUUCUUUCUUGAGCGCCGCUGUCCCGCCAGCUCUGAGGACAUCAGCCCAGGGCAUCCUGCAGGGUCUUCACCUCGGGCUGGGCCGUGGCUGCGGGGCCAUGGUGGGGGGGCUGCUGGUCGGUUACUUUGGCGCUGCAGUGUCGUUCCGGGGCAUUGGCAUGGCUUCCCUUGUCAUACUCCUCAUUUUCGUCCUCAUCCAGUGCUUAGCAGGCAAACCAGAGGGAGAUGAGAACAGAAUGCUGGCCGAGAACAUUCCAGUCCCCUCCAGCCCUGUUCCCAUUGCCACCAUUGACUUGAUAGAGAACCAAAGCAGGGACCAGCAGCAGGUGGCCCAGCUUACUGUGAAGAAGACCAAGUACCAAGAAGAGCAGGAGGACAUCGCCCGGCCGGCCUGGGUGCUCUCGGGUUCCCCCUGGGUCACACUCGCCUUCGCUAUUGUCCAGAUCAGAGAGAUGGUGAACAUGGCCAAGAGUGGACUGCUGCCAAGAGGGACUCAGCCCCUACAGGUUCCUAAUGAGCAUGCGGAGGUGGCGGCGGCGGCGGCGCAGCGAGCUGCUGGUGAUUGCGACACAGCACCCACAGCCGGACCGAGCCUUGACCCCACAGCACUCACAGACUGUAACAAAGAGCAGCAGAAGCCGGAUGGAAGAAACAACUUAAAAAUGUCAUAGUUGAACUCGCUGUCACUUUAAGACUGUAAGGCCCCCCCACCCCCCAACUGAUGACAAAGUGCCUCUUUCGUAUGUUGUAUCAUGUGGUGGUGAUUUAAUUUAAACUUGAGGAGUUGAGUCUUUUUCAGGCUUUUCUGCGCUGGAGGUCUUUGUUUUAUGUUAAACCUGUUUUUACGUCAACAUUCCUGUUUGGCUGGCAAGGCGAUUUUAGUUGCCUUAUCUUCCACAUUCCCUGCAAAGCAUUGUAAUACUCAAAACAGUAUUUAAAUCCAUUCUGUUAUCGCAGCUAUUUCGGAGCGUUUGGAGCUAUCGUGAAGAAGAAAUGUGCUGACUGCAGUUUGGGAAAGCAAUCGUGCCGUUAAACUCUUAGCUCAUUUAAAGUGACCAUUUGAAAUAAAAGGCCAAAGGAUUCCAUCAUG